AAAAUUAUCGUGCUCUAAGCAAGUAACAAUACGGCACGGUGUUUUCGGUGUUUUUUUAUUUCAAUAAAAUUAAUUUAAAUAUAUUAAGAAAAAAAUGCUGCCUCUAAGCUAUGGCAAUGUCUAUAAGACACCCGAUGAUUAUAAACCACCCGAUGAUUUAGACUUCGAUGAUACCGAAUAUCCCAAUCUCAAUUCACGCGACUAUGCCAGACGUCCACUAAAUCAUACGGCGCGAAUGCAUGAGGCAUGGGAAUGCCUAAGCAUCAGUACACCGCUCGAGGAGACCAAUGGUAAUGUGGCUGUUUGCUGCAACAAACUAAGUGGGCGUGAAUGGACCGGGACACUCUGGGGUUUUGAAAAGCCAAAUGUUAUCGAAAACAAAAGUGAAUCUAUGAUGCCGGAAAAAUCAUGUUUCAAACUUCAGUGUCCUGCCAUUAUUAACUGUAUGACAUUUGUAUCGCCAAAUAUACUUCUAUUGGCCUUUAAUACCGGCAACCUGCAAGUAUGGUCUACACAUUCCGAAGUAAGAAAAUCCCAGAAUCCCUAUUGUUUGUUUCUAAUUGGCGAGAAAUGUGAACACAUGAAACCAAUAACAUGUCUCACAGGCUUCCAAAGUAAUCAACACAAGGCUGCCACGGCUAGUAAGGACGGUGCAAUUAAGAUUUGGGAUAUGGGCACCGCUGACCUGGUUUCCCAGGGCAGUUUUCGUUUCGCCCACACCGAUGUGAUUACAGGCCUGGCAGCAUCUUGCACAAAGGAAAAUAUUUUUGCAACAUGUUCCUUGGAUAAAUCUUCUUUGAUUUGGGAUGAUCGAGAAACCCGACCGGCUAUUGCUCUUUAUGAAAAUCACAAUGUCCGCUUUACAAAUGUCUCUUGGUGUCCCCAAUCCGAGGACAAUAUUGUGUAUUUGGGAGAUGAGGCCGGUUCGCUGUUAACAAUCGAUGUGAGACAACCCAAAGUAAUACAAAACCAAACAACAUACUUUGACCGUCCCAUAAGGAAAAUUUUACCCAAUGAAGACAACCUAGCUGUGAUUGCCGAUUCAAAUUUGGUCAAGAUUUCCAAAACACCCACCCACUCUGUUUUCUAUGAAAAUAAUGAAACACAAAAUUUCGUCCGUGAUGGGGGAUGGAUUUCCCCAACGGAAUUCUUAACAGUUGGAUUUGAAGGCAAAUUACGAAGUCACUGUAUUGAAUAGAAACUGUAGUCUUUAAGUCUUUAUUUUCCUAUAUGUAGUCUGUUUAAGAUAUAAUAUUUUCCAACUCUGUUGUUUAAUUUUGUUUAUGAUUCGAUCAGACUUCUGUUGAGAAGUUUUACACAUUUUUUUAUCAAGAAAACUACAACAGAAACACGCACACACCUUUCAAGGUUUAAAAAAAAAAAUUAUAUUAAUAAUGGAGAUAUUCGAAAAGCAAUAAAAAACAAUCGAGUUAGUGUCAUUUUGUAUUUGAAGUGAAUAAAACAAAACAUUUAAAAGAAUUAAA